UAUUUUUCUUUUUUUUUGUCACAAGUAAAAUGCGUGAGAGCCACGCCACAAUAACUGCGUGGGAACUGCGAGGCGAACCUCUUCUGAGCGUCGGAAAUGAGAGUUCUCUUCACGACGCGGAGGCGGUUAUUGGUAGACUCGCAGCCGCGCCCUCCGGCUCUGAAUUCUCUUUUCAGCCUUCUUUCCCCUCGCAAGUACGCAGCCGAAACCGCUUGGCGGCGUAGCAGCUCCUCCAUCUUAGGCCCAGACCUUCCGGACGUCUGGAAUCAUCCCAGCUCGGCGUCUCCUCCUACCCUUCCUUCGCCAUCCGGAAACCAAGGUAAAGGGGAUGAUGAACUUAAUCCAACAAUUAUCAAUGGAAAAAUAAUCGCAGAAGAAAUAAGAUCAGGAAUUGCAGCGGAAAUACGCCAGUUGAAAGAUGUUUCAGGAAAAGUUCCAGGUCUAGGUGUUGUGUUGGUGGGAAAGAGAAGAGAUUCUCAAUCCUAUAUACGUCACAAAAUAAAGGAUUGUGAGGAAGUUGGAAUCACCUCACUCCUGGCUGAGCUUCCUGAAGAUUCUUCACAAGAUGAUGUAUUAAAUGCAGUUUCAAAGUUCAACAAAGAUCCAUCAGUUCACGGUAUUCUUGUGCAACUACCUUUACCAAAACAUAUUGCUGAGGAGGAAGUACUGAGCGCAAUAAAUCUAGAAAAAGAUGUCGAUGGCUUCCAUCCGCUAAAUGUGGGCAAUCUUGCAUUGCGAGGAAGGGAGCCUCUUUUCAUUCCAUGUGCAGCAAAAGCUUGCAUAGAGAUUUUGUUGAGAUAUGAUGCUGAGUUAGUGGGGAAAAAUGUGGCUGUUAUUGGACGAAGCAGAGUGGUUGGGCUACCUACUUCCUUACUACUGCAGAGGCAUCAUGCAACUGUCAGUGUAGUUCAUGCUUACUCGAAGAACCCAGAAGAAAUCACUCGAGAAGCUGACAUUGUUAUCUCAGCAGCAGGAGUUCCUAAUCUGGUUCGUAGGAAUUGGCUUAAAAGAGGCGCAGUUGUCAUUGAUGUGGGAACAAAUCCAGUUGAGGAUUCGAGAAGUGAGCAUGGUUAUUACCUCACAGGAGAUGUUUGCUAUGAAGAGGCAUUGCAGUUGGUUUCAGCUAUAACGCCUGUGCCAGGUGGAGUGGGACCGGUCACCAUUGCCAUGCUUCUUUCCAACACUCUUGAAUCUGCUAAAAGGACAUUUGGUUUGAGCUGAGAACGAUGCAGUAGAGUUUGUCUGAGGAUUCGUUUGUAAUUCACAAUUUUCCCUUUUUUAUUUUUACUGAUUUUCAUAGUUUUUGAAAAGGACCCCUAUUAGAAUAGUUAGUUCUUUCUUUAAUAGGUUAGUAUAAGCCAAUACAGCAUCGAAUGUUUUGUAGUAUUGGUGCCAGGUGAUUUCUAGAGUUUAUGUUGUAAAUUAUAUAAAAAAAAAUUUAAUGAUUAAACAUUUUAUUCUCAGGAAUGAAGAAGUGUUCCAUUAAUAAUGUUUAUGAAGCCUUUCUGCGGAAAAUUUCUUACAGCAGCUCAAAAAGCGAUUCGAGUAUUUUAAAGUUGAGGGCAAAAAUUAUUAAUUUGUUGAAGGCAGUCAAGCAGAUAUCAGGUCCAAUUUAGCACUCUUUUGGACAAUGGUAAAAUUCCUAUAAAUUUUAUAUUCUAUUAUCGUCAAUCCUAAAUUUAUCUGUGCAAGGCCUUGGUUAAAAUCAAAUUCAGAUAAAAUAAAUAAGUUUUUGGUCACUAUAUCCCCAUUGAUAGUGUGUUUUUCUGUGCAAGGACAAGAACAUGAUCAAAGCCAACUCAAGCAUCUCAUGCCUGGAACAAAUAUAAGAUUCCUCAUCUACAAUUUACAGUAAUCCCAAAAUCUCUUUUGGUGCCAUGCAAAAAAAUCCUAUUUCCUGGGCUUAAGGAAGCCAACAAGAUCCGUGCAGGGAUGCACAGAAUAGCCUUCGAGCACGAAAACUUACUAAUCUUUAAUGAAAUAACGUAAAUAAAAUUAUGAUCAGCUUAAUUAAAGUUUGGAUACUCAAAGCAGACUGUUUAUUGGUAUAAAUCU